AUGGAAGGUUCUAGGAUCGCGGAUUCAGUCAAGGGGUGUCUCGAGCUAUUCCGAGCACUCGCCUCAUUAGACCCACCCUCGCCGGCCUUGACUGCCUCUUAUCAAACAGCAUUGAUGGCGAUUGCGGAUGACGAGUCCCGCCUCAAAGUUUGGUUCGCAAACAUGGACGUACGCGCGUCAGAGAACAGAUCACUGCGGUUCCGUCUUCGAAAAGCAUCCCCCUUACGAGAUCACGUCCUCAGGUUUUUAAAUGAUCUCUCGAAAUUCCUAGAGGGAGCCCUGGUUAUUAUGAAGGAGGGUGUGGUGCCGUGGGAUGAAGAUGAAGAUGAAGAUGAAGAUGACGACUUCCUGAACGGCGGGCCUGACUCGCUAGAAGACGAUGGUGAUAAUGACGAGCCCCCAAAAUCAGAAAUGGAGCAAAUCGCCGACUGUAUAUCGGAGUUUGUCGAUUGUAUCCCACAGAUGAGUAAUUCUCCAAGAAAUCCGGCUCCUCGCGAUUGUUCUGCGGCAUCAGUUCCGACUGAUGCGCCAUACGAAUCCUUUGAUAUUCAACACGUGCAGGCCAAGUUUCAGAAAGUGGACAAGAUCCUAGCCCAGAGGCUAGGAAGUGCAAUAACCAUACGACGACAGUUUUUCAAAUAUCGGGAAAGCCUAAAGCUCGCUCAUGGCCUGGAUCCCAAAGACCAAGCAGAUGGUGAAAGUACCAUUGCAAACUCGAUUCCAAGCCAUGCUCAGAGUACUGAGUUCGAUCAUACAUCACUGGCAACACAUGAAGACUCUGUAUGGGAUACAGACACUUGUCAAGCAUCCCUUACGUCUUCUCUUGCAGACACAGACCUACUUUGCAUUCCACCGCUUCCCAAAGGCGCUGAGAGUGGCCAUUUUGAAUGCCCCUUUUGUUUCAUGACCAUUACAGCUACGGAUAUAGCAUCAUGGAAGCGGCAUGUGCUUGCUGAUCUCCGACCAUAUACCUGCCUCUCUGCGGAUUGCCCAGUAGGCAAAAGGUUUGCUACAAGCUAUGAAUGGAUUCUACAUGAAAUUGAAUACCACUGGAAAUACUACGUCUGCCCGUUAUCAUGCGGAGAGAACUUCCAAUCCCGAUUCGAGUUUGCAGAACAUGUUCACAACAACCACCCCAGCAACAUGCCAGAACAUCGACUUGAGGCCAUGAUCAGCCUCAACUCCAGACAGAUUCGAGUCGAAGAUGGGAUACCUUGUCCUAUGUGUCAUGAAAGUCUUGAUUCGGUGCCAAAGUAUCAGCUUCACGUCGGCGGACAUCAGGAACAGCUUGCAAUGUUUGCUCUUCCCGCUAUGCAGCCUCAGGGCGAUGAUGAUGGCGAUGACAAU